CUCCCUCACACAGAGAAAAGUGACAUCUUGGACCUAAGAAGACACUCCGGGAUGUUUAGCCCUUCAUGCAGACGCUCAAGUCCAUUUUCUCUUACGGACCUAGACAUGUGGGACACCAAAACUCGCUUUACAGCCCAGACCUCAGAAUGGUGUGGCAUGGGAGCUGUUUCUGGGGCAGGGUUUCUAUCCAGAGCCAGCACAAGAAGUGCGGGUGGCGUGGGACAGCGUGACCCUGGACUACAGAGGUGGCGCUCUUUGUCCCAUCUCCCGCCUGAGAGCGUUGGACGGGCCUGGCCUCCACCAGGGCCUGAGUUAGGACGGGCCUGGCCUCCACCAGGGCCCGAGUUAGGGGCCGCUCGAGGUCCAAGGAGCUUCAGACAAACAGAAGUAGUUCAAUGGUUACAGAAUGCUCACGAGAGAUUAGACAAUGAGUUGAACCAGCUGUGGAACAGAGACCUGGAAAUGAACUACAACUCAACUACGGGACGAAUGCUUGACAUGAAGACAAAGCUAUCAAAAUCAAUGAAGGGUUUAGAGCAGGAAGCAGCCACAUUUUCAGAGAUUGAAAGGAGCCCUCGAUGUGAUGAGCUUCAUGAGACGUCAAGUUUCAACAAAGAAAGCCCCGAUGAACCAAACGGACCCUUAGCUCCUAAGUCGCUCAGCAGAACAGAGGAGAGUCCAGAAGACUCCAACAAGCUGGAGAAGAGAAAGGUCGACACAGAGCUAUGCAAGCUGAGGGCGGCUCUGAGAGAGGCUGAGGCGAGGACUGCAUCCCUUGAAGAAGAGCGAAAGAAAGGGAUCCAUCAACUCCAGAAGUCUGCAGAGACGCAAAAGAUGUUGCUGAAUCAGAUCGAGGAGAUGAACAAGAAGCUUGUCCAGACUGUACAGAAUCACUCAGACAUGCAGGAACAGCUAAGUGAAGCUAACGACAAAAUCAGCCAAGCUUGUCUGGAAAAAGCUGUGUUGUCCACACAAGCGCUCAAGUUGGAGGACAAUAUAAGAGAACUGAAGACCAAACUGAGCGUCGCUUUGUCUGAAAAGGAUCACCUGAUGCAGGAGAAAGAAGAGCUUCUCCAAAGGGCCCAGGUUCUGGAGCUGCAGCUGGAGACAACCAAACACGAGUCCCUCACUGAUGGAGAAUCUCACCAGGACCAAGAAACCGUCCUGAUGAUGGAGGACUUAAGGGCUCUCAGAGAGGUAAAUGAGAGGCUGAGAGGAGAAGUUGACAUGAUCAGGCAGACUCUGGACCAGUCACAAAGUCAGCUAAAGGAGCUAACAGAGGAGAGAAUUACAAGCUCCAGAAAGAUUUCAGCUCUGGAGGCGCAGCGAUCUCAGCUGAUCCGAGAGAAAGAGGAGCUGCUGAGUAAAACACAUCUAGGUGGAGGUGAGGUGCCAGAAGAGCCAAAGGAAAAGUGCUGCUCCCACAGGGACUCUGAUGAUGUUCUGCAAGUAGAUGUCCAGAAACUACAGGAUCAGCGUCUGCACUUGGAGGCUCAGGUCAGGGAGAAGGAGAACAUGCUGCAGCUGCAGGAGGAAGAGUAUGGUAAUCAAGACCAAAAGAGAGCCCGGUGCAUUGAGGAACUGCAAGCUGUGGCCUCACACUGGACUGAGAAGUGGCAAAAGGUGGCUUUGGCUCUGAAAUCUACACAAGACGAGCUGGAGCAGGUCAAGAACAACAGCUUCACUCAUGUGACGGAGUCCGAGUCUGAGUCUGAGUCUCUACUGAGGGCUGAGCUUGACACGUGCAAACAGGAGCUGGAGCAGGAGAGGAGAAGGAACCAGGCCCUGCUGCAAAGAUAUCAGGACAAAGGUGACAUGUUGGUCCAGGCUCUGGACAAAGAGACGGUGGCAGACUGGUCAGGAUCUGCGUUGAUAUGCGAGCAUCCAUCAGACUCCCAGAGCUGCCAAAACAAAUCUGCUCAGGUGUGGAUGCAGAGCAGCGAGAUUGAAAGAUUGAGAGCAAAACUCACAGAAAGGGAGAAAGAACUGGGUGAAAUAGAACAUGCUUUCCGAAGUCUUGAAAGACUGAGAGAGAUAGAAAAAACCGAGGCUCAAAUCAAGAUUUCUGCUCUGGAGUUUGAGCUUGACAAAAGUGUGUUCAAAGAUGGCAAAGAUGCAGGCCUGCAGGCCGAUGUCUCCAGCGGUGCUUCACUGCAGGUCCAGCUGGACGAGAGUAAGAAGAGAGCCGACCAGCUGCAGCAGGAGAAAAUGCUGGCAGUCCAGAAGCUUCAAACACUGAGACGACAGCUUUGCCCGGUUAAAGAUGAGAAACCGUCCGUUGAAGGCAAGAAUGAUCAAACUAACCAUCUAGUUGAUCCAGAGGCAGAGGAGCGGCGGAGAAUGGUCACCGAGCAGUUAAAAAGCCUGUUUAGGGAACGAGAAGGAAAGGAAACAGGAAAGGUCGAUGACGCAUCAUCAUCAGCUCAGAGUGGAGCCCCCCCACUGCAAGACUGGACUUCCACACCUUCAGCUGCUGCAGCGGACAGAAGAAACUGGCAGUAUGGCUCGGGCUUGAUGCCGGUGUUGGAGGAGGACGAGGAGGAGGAAGAUCAGGCAGAAGAAACUCAUGCUGAGACGUCAUCAUGACUGCAGGAAUCAGCAAUCUGAUGGCAAAAAACGAGAAUCUCUUGCAAGCCUUGAGCUUCGAGCAGCUGAUCAAGCGCCCGCAAACUGCAGACAGUGUGUCAAUCAAGAUCCGUCAGUGUAGGGAAGGAGGUGACCAGCGGACGGGGAGCACACCUCCUCUUUAUCCUGACGGAGUAUUCCUGGCUGAGAUUGCAGAUAUCUGCAGUCCUGAUGAAGCUGAAGAGGAAGGAGUGGUGCAGAAUGCCCAUGAACUGAUUGUUCGAAGUUAAAACACCAUCCAGAUUCUGCUUUUUACUGUAUUGUUUUUAUGGCUUUUUGCACUAUAAAAAAAGCCAUUUGUAUAGGGGCUUUUUUUUUUGCACUGACAAUAAUUUAAAGAUUAAUUCAGCACUUUUCAAGCUUGUGAUGUUGGGUUUGUUUUCUCAGUCUGAUUUUACAGCAACAGUUUUUAAUUAGCACAGAAGAGCAUUUGCCUUUUUAGCUCCAAGGGUUCUCCCCAUGGAGGUUAAUUCACUUUUAUGACGCCACCCCAGAUUUACUUGUGUUAAGUCUCUUGCCGGGUCACUCUCUCAUCUCCUCUUCUGUCAUUACCUCCUUGAGUCUCUUAAUCUCCUCUGCCCUUAGGAUCUUUCUAUCUCAUCCACUGUAGCUGGAUGAGAUGGAAUCAUCAUUAUUGAUGUGUGACCAACUGUCUUAAGUUGUUGCAAGAGAUGACUAGAUUGAGCGUAAAAGGCUACUUUGGGUGGUCAUCCAGAUGCUAGGGCGAGGAGACCACCAGGGACAGACAACACAAACAAAAAUUAAAAACCUUUGUUGAGCUGUUUUAUGUGUGCACUUUAACAGUAUCAGUAAGAUAUGCCAAAAGUCUGAAUAAGUGUUUUAUUUAUUAAAAAUGGUACAAUUCAUUAUUACAAACAGAGAAUUGUUACAUUGAGAGGGAGAUUGUAAUUUUAAUAUAUUUUACAGGACUGUGAAGUAACUUCUGGGUAUAUAAAGUGCUUUUUGUCAUGUUGCUUUUUAAUCAAAUGUAUGAAAAAGGUGUAUU